AUGGUGGUCAACUACCAACAUCCGAUUCAAUGCAUCAGAUAUGUAGAGAGACAAACAACUGGUUUCCGCAAUCUGUUUCUCGCUUCUGCUGGCUCGAAAAUAUACACCUACGCUGCUGAGACCGGAAAACAGCUUGCUAUCUGGCCUGAGGCUGCCAAUGCUGCAGAUUCUACAGUAGUCAGUGUAGCACCAAGCUCUGAAGGGGACGAGCCAUCAGCUAAGAAGAGAAAGGUUUCUCCAGCCCCGGAGCAGACAGCGAAAGGAGGCCAAUCGGGAACCUCAACCGCUUGGUCAACGAUUCCCAUCUUGGCCGUGUCAUCUGACGGCAACUUUGUGGUUGCCGUCACGGGUGAAGACAAGUGUCUUCGUGUCUUUGAGAUAGAAGAGAGUGGCCAUCUCAAGCAAUUGAGCGAGAGACAUAUGCCCAAGCGGCCAUCUGCGAUCGCUUUGGUUGACGAUGAUAAAACCAUCCUGUGUGGUGAUAAAUUCGGGGAUGUCUAUUCUCUACCACUAAUCGACACUGGAAAAUCAAGUAUCGCGCCCAAAAUCCAUGGCAAAGUCAAGCCGAAUCAGCCAGCAGCAACGACUUUGACUGUCCACAGUAAGCGAAACCUGGCAUCGCUGGAACAGCAGAUGCGACAUUACGGCCAGAAAGAGAAGACCGCAGAAGAGAAGCCUGCGUCUGCCUUUGAACUCCAUUUGAUUCUUGGGCAUGUGUCGAUGCUCACAGACUUAGUCUACGUCUCCAUUCCAGUGGAUGCAACUUCGGAUCGAAGGCGCCCAUACAUCUUCACGGCGGACCGCGAUGAACAUAUUCGGGUCUCUCGCGGCCCUCCUCAGGCGCAUAUCAUUGAGAACUACUGCCUGGGGCACACCUCGUUCGUUAGUAGCUUGUGCGUUCCCCAGUGGGCGCCUGAAUAUCUCGUUUCAGGAGGAGGUGAUGAUCACUUGAUUGUAUGGAGGUGGAAUGAGGGCCGGCUCGUACACAAGGUCCCCUUGGUUGAAAAGGGGGCAGACUCUGAAGUUAUUGUUCGUCGUAUCUGGGCCUUGUCACUUACCAAGGCCGCAAACUCUCAGGAGAAUGCGAAUGUCAUCCUCGUUGCAUUAGACGGGUCCUUGAAGCUUCUUUGCUUUACGCUUGAGUCUGAUGGCUCGCUGAAAGCACAGAACUCCAUCCAGGCUUCUGGCAACGUACUUGACCUAACAGUUCCCGCCGAGAACAGCUCGAUAGUAGUGUCUGUCGACGCAGUGCGGGAGCCUGGUUCCACACAAGACUGGAGGACUACUCCCUCAUCGCCGUCGACCCUGGUCGAGGCUUUCCACCUGAAGCCAGCGUCAGAGGGUGUCGAUUGGGAGCUCACAUCAGAGGCGAUCACUGCACAGAUAAAUUCCGAGGGUACCUCCGAGAUAUCAGCAGACCUCCAUGAGAAGCAGAAGAAGGAGUUGAACGAUUCGUUGUAUAGCUUGGGCAACCUGCGGAAGAAGAAUUUUGGUGAAGACGACUAA